CAUAAUGCACUGCGAAACUGGAAAUGUUCAAGAUGACUGCGGUCAUGGCUGAGGCAGUGGGAGAUAUAACUAGAGUUGGGCAGGAAUUCUCCUCGUUUGAAGAGUUGUCGAAUGCAAUCAAGCAAUAUAAAACCAACAGUUUCACUAAUGUUUACAUCCGCAGCAGUAGAAUGCUUAAAGUUGGAAGGAUGCGUGCUCCUAAUCGUUCUUUUAGUGAUAAGUUGAGGUACACUGAAAUUGAUCUAGCGUGUAAGCACGGAGGACGAAAGGCAUUUUCGUCGUCGAAAGGAAAACGUCCAAACCAAAGCACUUAUCUAAUGGAUUGUCCGUUCAGUGUGACAAUACGGCCUACUUCAGAUGGACAAAAGCUACUUGUGAAAACUGUGAAAAGGGAACACAACCACGAAAAUUCAGAGGAGUGGUUAAGACAGAUGCCAAAAAUGCGACGCAAAGUUCUGUUGACUCGACCAACGAAAAAGAUUCUACCGGACCUAUCUACGGAAUCCCUCGCAAGCGAGAUCAGGAUGGAUAAUUGGAUUGGUAGUGUAGGACCUAUAUAUAUGGACUACAAUGCAACUACACCAGUGGACCCAGAAGUUAUCGAUUCCAUUCAUUCAGCACUAAUUGGUGCUUGGGGGAAUCCCAGCAGCUCUCACAGCAGUGGUGUGAAGGCAGCAGCGGUAAUCCGGGAAGCGCGCAACCAGGUGGCGCUGAUGAUAAAUGGUCAUGUUGAUGAGGCGACGUACAUUUCCAUCGCAAAAGAUUCGGGUCAGGUCAGCGUAGAAGAUGUUAUUGACAGCAUCCGGGAGAACACGGUGCUCAUCAGCUUGAUGUUGGCCAACAACGAGACGGGAGCCAUGCAGCCCGUUGCGGAAGUUGUCACUCGCGUGAAGCAACUUGAACGGAGGCUGCCCCAUAGGAUCCUCCUUCACUCCGAUGCAGCACAAGCAUUCGGCAAGGUGCCUGUCAGUGUUGCAGAUCUGCAGGUCGACUAUAUGACGAUCGUUGGCCACAAGUUCUACGGUCCGCGCAUCGGUGCGCUGUAUGUAAGGUCACCGGGAGAAAACACGCCAUUGCAUCCCGCUAUGUUCGGCGGAGGUCAGGAGAGGGGCUUUCGUCCGGGAACCGAGAACACAGCUAUGAUAGCAGGACUGGGAAAGGCAGCCGAGUUGGUGACGGGAAACAUCGGGCAAUACGAAGCGCAUAUGACUCAGGUUCGUGAUCAACUGAAGGACAAGCUCAGAUUGCAAUUCGGUGAAGCGGUUAUCAUUUCAACAGCGAGUUUCCUGCAAGACGAGGGUGCUCCAAACACUUGGAAAUGUGUCUUUUCACGGCGCAAUCGUCAAGAUAUAGAUCUUGGAGGCUUUGUGUCUAAAGUACUGCUCGCCUGUGAAUACUCCUGCUGA